CUGGUGUUGGGGAGAGAGAAGGCUGCGCUGCGUUGCAUGCUUUUCUUGGCCUCACGCUUGUUCCAUGUUUGAAGUUUUGAACACGCAUUGCACGCAGGACACAGCAGCAGGCAGGCAGGCAGACACCUCCCCUUCCUCUCCCUUCUCCACCCUCUUGGCUCCCCCUCCGGCAAUGGAGGCGCCUCCACCUUCUCCGCCCUCCCUGCUGCUCCUCCUCCUGCUUCUCGUCUCCUCCCCUUCGACUUCAAUGGCGCUCCUCUCUCCCCAGGGCGUCAACUAUGAAGUGCAAGCUCUAAUGACGAUCAAGAACCUGCUCAUGGACCCCCAUGGCGUGCUCAAGAACUGGGACAAGGACUCCGUCGAUCCCUGUAGCUGGACCACGGUCACCUGCUCGCCGGACAAACUCGUCACUGGAUUGGAGGCCCCAAGCCAGAGCCUCUCUGGCAUGCUCUCCCCAACCAUAGGCAACCUCACCAAUCUUCAGAUCGUUCUCCUGCAGAACAACAACAUCACUGGCCCAAUCCCAGCAGAGAUUGGUAAGCUUUCAAAGCUCAAGACACUUGAUCUCUCCAGCAACAACCUGUAUGGUGGAAUCCCCACCACUGUGGGCCACCUUCAGAGCCUGCAGUACUUGAGGCUCAACAACAACACCCUGUCUGGUCCAUUCCCUUCUGCAUCAGCUAAUUUGUCCCAGCUUGUUUUCCUAGACUUGUCAUAUAAUAACCUGAGUGGUCCAAUACCAGGAUCUUUGGCAAGAACAUUCAACAUUGUUGGGAAUCCACUCAUCUGCGGCGCGAACACGGAGAAAGAUUGCUACGGGACUGCACCGAUGCCAAUGUCCUACAACCUGAAUAGCUCACAGGGUGCUCUGCCGCCGGGAAAAUCUAAAAGCCACAAGUUUGCAGUCGCAUUUGGGACAGCAACUGGUUGCAUCAGCUUCCUCUUCCUAACUGCUGGAUUUGUGUUCUGGUGGAGGCAUCGUCGUAACCGGCAGAUCCUUUUUGAUUUCGACGACCAACACAUGGAGAAUGUUAGUCUUGGAAACGUGAAGAGGUUUCAGUUCAGGGAGCUUCAGUCCGCAACAGACAAUUUCAGCAGCAAGAACAUACUGGGGAAAGGUGGCUUCGGAUACGUUUAUAGAGGGCAACUCCCUGAUGGAACCCUCGUGGCCGUCAAGCGACUCAAGGACGGCAAUGCUGCGGGCGGCGAGGCACAGUUCCAGACCGAGGUUGAGAUGAUUAGCUUGGCACUGCACAGAAAUCUUCUCAGGCUCUACGGGUUCUGCAUGACUGCCACAGAGAGGCUGCUAGUCUACCCAUUCAUGUCAAAUGGAAGCGUCGCAUCGCGCCUGAAAACGAAGCCACCUUUGGACUGGGCGACCAGGAAGAGGAUAGCUCUUGGUGCAGGGAGGGGGCUACUCUACCUUCACGAGCAGUGUGACCCCAAGAUCAUACAUAGGGACGUCAAGGCAGCCAACAUCCUGCUAGAUGACUACUGCGAAGCCAUUGUUGGUGACUUCGGGCUCGCUAAACUCCUCGACCACCGGGAUUCACAUGUCACCACUGCAGUGAGAGGCACUGUUGGUCACAUUGCGCCUGAGUACCUCUCCACUGGCCAAUCGUCUGAGAAGACCGACGUCUUCGGCUUUGGCAUCCUGCUGCUGGAGCUGAUUACUGGUCAGACCGCACUAGAGUUUGGAAAGGCGGCAAACCAGAAGGGAGCCAUGUUGGAUUGGGUGAAGAAGAUGCACCAGGAGAAGAAGCUAGACGUGCUGGUUGACAAGGGGCUGAAGGGCGGGUACGAUAGGAUCGAGCUGGAGGAGAUGGUGCAGGUGGCGCUGCUGUGCACGCAGUACCUCCCCGGGCACCGGCCCAAGAUGUCGGAGGUGGUCCGGAUGCUGGAAGGCGACGGUCUCGCUGAGCGGUGGGAGGCCUCGCAGCGUGCCGACUCGCACAAGUUCAAGGUGCCCGAGUUCAGUUUCAGCCGCUGCUACUCCGACCUCACCGAUGACUCAUCGCUGCUGGUGCAGGCCGUCGAGCUCUCGGGCCCAAGGUGACACGAGGCAGCAGCAUAUAGCAUCAACACCAGCAGCAGUUGCUGCACGUGUACAGAAAGCAUGAAAACCGUGAAUCCUGUGUAGAUUGGGGAAUAAAUUGAGCCAUACUGAAAUAAGUAUACAGUAGAUGUGUAUUAGAUGAACUGUACAGAAGAAGAGUGUAAGGUUUGUACUGAUAUGGAUGCUUACAAAUUUAGUAGUAGAGACUAGCUGGGAAGGAUCUUUUUUCUUGAAGUGGGAAGUUUUUGCUUGGCUUGUUAUACUCUGUUGACUUUGCCUCUCCAUGCUUUUCCUUGAUGUAUUUUUCAGAGAGCAACAGGUGCUAAAAUCUUAUCAGAA